GCCCCGCCCUACGGAAGUGUGUCCUUGACAGUGUGAGAGGUGCUGGCCCAGGGUUUGGAUGUCACUAUGGCUCAGUCGGACCCCCCCAUAAUUGAUGGCUUCACCCCCAGCUCACCCACAUUAAAGGAGGGCUUCAAGGGCAAGUUUGUCAGGAAGGUCAAAGAAAACCCGUUUGUGCCUAUAGGGUGCCUAGCCACAGCUGGAGCUCUGACUUAUGGACUCAUCUCGUUCAAGCAGGGGAAAACUCGGCAGUCACAACUAUUGAUGCGUGCCCGUAUUUUGGCGCAGGGUUUCACAGUUGCUGCCAUCAUGGUUGGAGUUGCAAUGACUGCUAUGAAACCUCGUACUCCUUCUCGCUGAAGGUGCAGUAUUUCAAGAGGACUCCCUUAUAAGACCUCUAUGUACAGUUUGCUCCACGUUAUAUUUUUCACAAUGCAAAUAUGCUUCCCUUUAAGGGUGCUGAAAUGUAAUUGGAUUAAAUUUGCCACAUAAAAUAUAUCAAAGAAU